AGACCAUGGCGGCCCGGAUCUCUCAGCGCACAGCCAGCUGCGGUCAGGCAGGCCUCCCGGAAACUGUUAAUCCUGACUUCCGGCGCUGCCAAAUGACGUGUGAGGCGGCUUUGCUCAGGCCGCGCGCCGUACCCACGGCCCAGCCUCCAAAGCGCCGGAAGUGGAAUGCAGAGUGGCGCCGCGCGCUGUCAGUCUCUGUGGCUCGGAGCCCGCGCGGUUGCGGGACCCAUCCUGGCAACGAGGGCAGCUCUGGACCCCUUGGGCUCCACGGUCCGGAGGGCACGAUGGACUCCAAGGAGUUAAUUGAAUAUUUUAAGUCUCAGAUGAAAGAAGAUCCUGACAUGGCCUCAGCAGUAGCUGCCAUCCGGACUUUGCUGGAGUAUUUGAGGAGAGACAAAGGGGAGACGAUCCAGGGCCUGAGAGCGAACCUCACCAGCGCCAUCGAAACCCUGUGCGGCGUGGACUCCUCUGUGGCCGUGUCCUCAGGCGGGGAGCUCUUCCUGCGCUUCAUCAGCCUCACCUCCCUGGAAUACUCCGAUUACUCCAAAUGUAAAAAGAUCAUGAUUGAGCGGGGAGAGAUUUUUCUGCAGAGAAUAUCACUGUCGAGAAAUAAAAUCGCAGAUCUGUGCCAUACUUUCAUCAAAGAUGGGGCAAGAAUAUUAACUCACGCCUACUCCAGAGUGGUCCUGAGGGUCUUGGAAGCAGCCGUGGUGGCCAAGAAGCGUUUCAGUGUGUACAUUACGGAGUCGCAGCCUGAUCUAUCGGGUAAGAAAAUGGCCAAAGCACUCUGCCACCUCAACGUCCCUGUCACUGUGGUCCUGGAUGCUGCUGUGGGCUACAUCAUGGAGAAGGUGGAUCUUGUUAUAGUUGGUGCCGAAGGCGUUGUUGAAAACGGAGGAAUUAUUAACAAGAUUGGAACCAACCAGAUGGCCGUGUGCGCCAAAGCACAGAACAAGCCUUUUUAUGUUGUUGCAGAAAGUUUCAAGUUCGUACGGCUCUUCCCACUAAACCAGCAAGAUGUCCCGGAUAAGUUUAAGUACAAGGCAGAUACUCUGAAGUCUGCACAGACUGGACAGGAUCUCAGAGAGGAACACCCGUGGGUCGACUACACCUCCCCUUCCCUAAUCACCCUGCUGUUCACAGACCUGGGGGUGCUGACACCCUCGGCAGUCAGCGACGAACUCAUCAAGCUGUACCUGUAACUGCCGGGUCCUCUCCUGCGGGCUUGCAGCUGAGGAAUUGGGAAGCCUCUUGACCCCUCGGUGAGCCAGGCCAAAACUGAGUUGUUUUUUAUGACAUUUUAUAGACUAAGGACUUGGAAUCAUAAGUCAUGGAGAAUUUUUUAAUUCAUUUCAGUUCCAUCUAAAAUAUGUUCACGGUUCCCAUAAAACCCAACCUAGAUUGUGCUUGUAGUUUCCAGACACUUUCAUCCAUUUCCAGUUUCCAGAAAUACAAGUUGGAUUGUUGGCUACUUGACCAACUAAAGAAGAUGUGCCUGCCCCCCUCCCUCCAGCUCCCCGCAUUCCAGACUGAUUUGCCAAGAGCAUCAAUGAGACACGAAGGCCUAAGAGAGCCAGGUGCCCCUCAGCAGCUGAGCAGCGGCCACCCCGGAUGCAGGCUGCAUGCAGUGUGGGAUGAGAAGGGCAGGAAGCGCUCAGGAAUGUGUGUCAGGCUUCCAGCGGUGAACUCGAGCUUUGGGCUGCCACCUCUGCAACAGGAUCCGGAUCCACAGAGGAAACCACCACGAGAGCCCAAGGCAGGCGGGGGCGGCGUCUCUGGCAGCAGCAUCCUGCACGGCUCACCGUUUACAAAGACGCCUUCCAGAACAUUUGUAAACUUAAAUUCUCUAUCUGUGAAAGAUGUGAAUUUAAACAUGUUUGGAUCCUGAACAGCUUUUUACAAUUGUUCUUGGGAACAAAUUCAGCAUCUUUUCAAAUAAAUUAUAUGAAAGAUUU